AUGGCAGAACCACCUCCAACAAUAGAAAAAUCGAAGAAAAUUAAUGUUAUAAAUAAACAGACGAUUCAUAAAAUUUGUUCUGGACAGGUGGUAUUAGAUAUUGCAACUGCCAUAAAAGAACUUGUAGAAAAUAGUUUAGAUAGCGGAGCUACAUUAAUCGAUAUUAAAUUAAGGGAUUAUGGGAAAACAUGUAUUAGCGUCAGUGACAAUGGUAGUGGCGUCUUGGAAGAAGACUUUGAAGGAUUAGGAUUAAAACAUCAUACAUCUAAACUUCAAGAAUUCUCAGAUUUAACGCAAGUAAAUACAUUCGGAUUUCGUGGAGAAGCUCUAAGCUCUCUUUGUUCUUUGUCGAAAUUAACUAUUAUUACGAGGCACUUGACCAGUGAACAUGGUUUCAAGUUACAGUUUGAUCGUAACGGUAUACUAGAAAAAAAGGAAGCAUAUGCAAGAGAAAUAGGAACUACUGUACAUGUUACAGAUAUCUUCAAGUGUCUACCUGUUAGAGCAAAAGAACUUCAAAAGAAUCUUAAAAGAGAAUAUACUCGUGCCAUUCAAGUAUUAUACAGUUAUUGUUUAGUUUCCACUCAAACAAAGAUAACAUGUACUAAUUCAGUGUCAGGCAAAUCUAAUCAUGUUGUUAGUACUGCAAAUUCCAGUGACAUUUUAAGUAACAUCAAUGUAAUAUUUGGUAGAAAAUCUUCUAACGGACUUGUUAAACUUGAACUGUUACCACCUGAUGAAACAACAUUGCAAGAAUAUAACUUACCAAAUAAUACAGUUAUAGACUUUGAGUGGAUCUGUUAUGUUAGUAGUUGUGAUCAUAAUAUUGGGCGAUCUGCUCCAGAUAGACAAUUUUUUUAUAUAAAUGGUCGUCCAUGUGAUCUCAUAAAAAUUAGUAAACUAAUAAAUCAUAUUUACCACAAAUAUAAUAAUAAACAAUAUCCAUUCAUUUUUUUAAAUUUAAAGCUAAAUAAACAGUCAACUGAUAUUAAUGUAACUCCAGAUAAAAGAACUAUUUUUUGUACACAAGAACAUUUAGUAUUAGCAACUUUGAAAUUUAGCUUGACAACAAAAUGGGACAAUCUACAAGGAAGUUUUACUGUGACACCACUGCCAGAUUUACAAUUAAGAAUAAAAAGAGCAAUUUCCCCCACAAAUACAGAUCCUCCAGCAAAAAGAUUACAAAAUUUACACUCUGAACCAUACAACCAGAAAGAAGAAUAUCUUCAAAAAUAUAUAGAAAAGAAAAGUAUACAAUGCGAUACUGACAAUGAUGAAAAUUGUGAUAUACAAACUUAUGUAAGUCAAAUAAAAAUAUUAAGCGAUGUAGAAAUGUCAAUUAAUAUUUUAAAGAUAAAACAAAAACUUGGAGAAAGUAGAAGUCAAAAACAGAAAUUUACAAAUACAAACACAAGAAUCAAAUACAAAGUACAAAUGGAUUCAACCCAAAAUUCUAACGCUGAAAACGAAUUGAAACGAGAGUUAACGAAAGAAUCUUUCCAUGAGAUGGAGAUCAUAGGACAAUUUAAUCUUGGUUUUAUCAUAGCUCGUUUAAAGGAAGAUCUAUUUAUAAUUGAUCAGCAUGCUACAGAUGAAAAGUAUCGUUUUGAAAAACUAAAUAACAAAACACAAUUGAAAACACAGAAAUUAAUUGUUCCUAAAUCUUUGAAUCUUUCUUCUUUAAAUGAAGCAAUAUUAAUUGAACAUCAAAAAACAUUUGAAGAUAACGGUUUUUUCUUCAAAAUUAAUUCUGAAGGUAAAUCUGAAUCUGGGCAUCGUGUAGAUUUAACAGGUAUACCAGUUAGUGGUUAUUGGCAAUUUGGGAAAGAUGAUAUAGAAGAAUUAAUUUUUCUCAUUAGGGAAGGGGGUAUAGAAAAUAAAGAAAAUCAUAUAUAUCGUCCAUCUCGAGUAAGGCAAAUGUUAGCAUCAAGAGCUUGCCGCAGUGCAGUUAUGAUUGGCACUGCACUAAAUAAUAAUGAAAUGCAAAAGUUAAUAACGCAAAUGGCACAAAUGGAGAAUCCUUGGAGUUGCCCUCAUGGUAGACCAACUAUAAGGCACCUACUAUCUUUACAUCUGACACAUAAAUGAAAAACAUUUUGAAACUAUUCAAAUUUAUAUAUUAAAUAACUGUGAAAUAUAUAUAUUAUAUUUAUAAUUUUAUAUUUAUUAUUAUUUUAUUAUAUAUAUAAUAUAUAUUUAUUAUGUAUUUAUAAUACAAGAAGUAUUAACUCUUGAUUUGUAGCAUGGAAAUAAAAUUUAUAAGUUAUAUUUAUGUGUAUCAAAAAAAAAUAUUAUGUUUAAAAGUGAUACAGUUUAAAAAAUGUCGUUUUAAGAAUAAAAUGAAAGAAUGUCAGACCUGUGUAGUAUUUUAUGAACAUUAUAUUACAAAACAUAAAAUUUUUACACACUAAUUGUACGAAAUAUAUUGAACCCUGAAUGCGCUGUUGAUAUUACAACACCAGGACAUUGAGGAUGCCAAUGUAGUUCUUUAAUGUCUGUUUGACCUUGAUGUAUGAAUAAUAAUUGUGGAGGUAAAUCUUUCAGCUCAUUAUUUUCUGUUUCUUCUAAGUGAUCAGUUUCCACUGACAAAUCCCACUCUGCAAUUUGAUCAUCAGCACCACCAGAAGCAAAAACUGUGGCUUCCUGAGGGUGCCAUUCUAUCGUUGUAACUGGUGCUGUAUGUUGCUUAAACAUGGCUAGUGGCUGUGUAUUAGGACCAAACUGACGCAGAUCCCAUACACAAAUUAAACCAUCAUCACCACCAGACACAAGAAACUGACUUUCUUUACGAUUCCAGGAGAUUACAUUAAUGUCAGCAGUGUGAACGUCAGCUGCUGUUAACAUGCAGGCAGAUUGUGGACUUACCCUUGUAUCCCAAAUUUUAAUGCUGUUAAAAUUACAUUAAUAUUAUAAAAUUGCAUAAAGUUUAUAAUAAAGUAAA